UCUAAACCCUCAAAAGUUUAUCUCUCUUUUCUUUUUUUCCACAGCCAUUUAUUAGAUUCUUCUCCUCUCAAGACUCUUCUCUUGUCUAUUGGAUUGUAUUAGACUGAUAGCUCAAGGGAACCAAAAAAGAAAACGGAGAAAAGAGAGAAAAAACAAAAUUAUAUCUUUAAAUUAAAAAAAUUAUCAGCCUUGAUUUUAUUUUAAAUUAUCAGCAACUGUUUUGGAGUUUUUCAGAAUUUUUUCAUAGGAAAAUUUCUGGGUUUUCUUUUUUUCCUCCUUGGCUUUAAUUUGUUCUUAUGCAGUUUUGUAUUGUACCAUUAAUAGCUCAAUAUUAAACAAAAUCUAUAAACUUUAAAUUUAUUUCCAUAAAUCUCAUUGUUUAGUCUAUAAAAAUUGCAACUUUUCUCUGAAACUAUUCUUUUCAUUUUUGAGAAAAAUCAACAGAGAGAAAGAAAGAGAUUAUGGGGAAGCAAGGACCUUGCUACCACUGUGGCGUUACAAGCACACCUCUGUGGAGAAACGGGCCACCAGAGAAGCCAGUGUUGUGCAAUGCGUGUGGAUCUCGUUGGAGAACAAAGGGAUCACUUGUGAACUACACUCCACUUCACUCUCGUGCUGAUGCUGAAGUUAACCAAGAUCAUCAUCAUCACAGGUAUCAAAGAAUGAAGAGCAUCUCAGAAAGUUACAAGAACAAAGAGACCAAGAAGAGGAAAGCAAUCCAAGAACCGGUCUUCGAAUUCAACUACGGUUUCAAAAAGGCUGUGGUAGAGGAGGAUGCUAGUAAUAGAUCGAGUUCUGGUUCUGCUGUAUCCAACUCCGAGAGCUGUGCUGCACAGUUCAGCAGUGCAGAUGGGAGCAGCGAGUUAACAGGUCCAUCUCGAUCCAACGGGUGGGACACAACUGUUCCUUGCAAGAGGAGGACGUGUGUGGGCCGUCCAAAGACCUCUUCUGUUGAGAAGCUCACGCAGGACCUUUACAAUAUACUACAAGAGCAGCAACCGUCGUGUCCCUCGGAAGACGAUCUUCUUUUUGAGAAUGAGAUGUUGUCAAUGGUCUCUGUUGAGAUUGGACAUGGGAGUGUUCUGAUGAGGAAUCCUCACUCGUUUGCUCGGGAAGAGGAGUCUGAAGAAGCCAGCUCUCUCUCUUCGGUUGAGAACAAGUCAUCCAUCAGUGAUGCAUACUCGCAUUCCGUGAAGCGUGCUGAGAUUGGAGCAGAGAGAGGUUCUGCGUCUGUUGGAGAAACAGUAAAGGAAGAGCAACUCAAGAGGACCAAGUCUCAAACUGGAAGAGUGCAUGUCCUGGGGGGACAUAGUUCACCACUCUGUAGCAUAGAUUUGAAGGAUGUUUUCAACUUUGAUGAGUUCAUAGAACAGCUUACUGAAGAAGAACAGAAGAAACUGAUGAGAUUACUUCCUCAGAUUGACUCUGUUAACCUUCCUGAUAGCCUCAGAAUGAUGUUCGAAAGUGCUCAGUUCAAAGAGAACUUCACUUUGUUUCAGAAACUUAUUUCAGAGGGUGUCUUUGAGAUGCCUUCUACUACUACCUCUGGGGCAAAACUGGAAGACAAAAGGUCUCUUAAGAAGCUUGCAUUGUCUGAUUUUCGCAAAUCUCGUUUGGUGGAAAGCUAUAACCUCCUCAAGGAAGGAGAAAAAGGGUCUGUUACUACAACUUCAAGAAGCUCAAACCCAAAUGAUGUACAUAAUAAACAUAUUGUAACCAUUAAGAGACGCUGUGAGAACCAAACUCAAUCAAAGUCAGAGUCAAGAGGGCUUAUGAGGAGCCCCAAAAGUGUAACGAAAAUGAAAGCAAUCCACGAAAGCAACGGCUCAUGCUUCAGACCAAGAAGCUUGGCUUCUGUGUUUGCUCAAGAAAGUGGUUAUGAAGGCAAUUGCAGUUCUGAUCAAGAUCUCCUUCUUUUGGACUUGCCGUCAAAUGGGUCGUUUCCUCAAGCAGAGCUGAUUCACCAACUAUGAGGGGGGAGACAAAGCUUUAAACUUCAUGCUGCUUCUCAGUGCUGAAGGAAGGAUUCUUAAGCUUGAGUGAGAUUGAUGAAAGAGACUCUUAGGCUUUUUGAGUCUCUUCUGCUUUAGAAACUGGAAUAUUGAGACAUAAAAAUGACUUUUUUUUCAUUUGAGUCUGGGCUUCUCUUUGGUGGUUAAGUUUAUAAGGUGGGUCUUAUAUACAUACUAUAAGGUGGGUCUUAUCUAUACAUAUGUAUAUACAUAUUGCCUCCUCUCUUUCAGUAAACCUUUUAACUUAAAAAGUUUUAAGCUUGAAAGUUCCAUUUUUUUUUUCAUUUUUUCUUGGAAUUUCAGUUUGUCCUUUUGUUGAACAGGAUGCUGAGAUGAUGAUACUGUAAUAUCAUGUAAACUUUCCCAGAUGCAUAAAAUAGAGUAUAUGAAUAUUGUAUUA